AUGGGAGACACGACGGAAACGACGACUGUCAGAAGCAGAAGAAGAAGAAGAAGAAGAAGAGAUGAUGGAACGCCUUUUGAGACGGAGGAGGACUCGAAGGUGGUCCUUGAAUUGUUGAAAGAACUGUGUGCGUUUUCAACAACAACAACAACACUGACAGCAUUAAACCAACGAGAAGGAGUGGUGAAAAUCGUCGACGAGGACAAGGGCUGGAAUAGUAGUAACAAAAUACGGAUAGAAGAUUUAGGCGAGACGGAUAACUUUUUGUUUUCUAAACUCGCCGUCGCGUUUAGCUCGUUAUACGUGGAAGCGAAACGCUUGGAAAGUUUGAGCCAAAAUGUGAUUUUACCGAACUUGAUAUCUUUCGGGUGGUUUCCUCCUCCUCCCAAAGCCGUCGAUAAAAAGAACAACAACAACCAGGAAAAUGAUGAAAGUAGUAGGAGUAGUAAUAAUAAUAAUAACGACAACGCCAUGUUGGCACAGUUUACGAAAAAUCUGACCGUGCUGCAAGACUCGGUGAUGUUUCGGGACCAGUUGAAAGCUGUCGCGGUGAACGCCUUUCGACAGUUGGAGUUUCAAUACGCGGACGAGUCGGUGGAGGAGAACAGACCGCUGAGUCACGUGAACUUGACGAUAGUUUUUGAGACUUUAACGAUGUCUUUAGCCAUGGCGUGUAAAAUAGACGAAGCGAUAGCCUCGAAUGGGCAUUUACGACGGUCGUUCCAAGCGAUGAAAGUAGCCGUGAAAGAAGCUUUAGCAGAGGAAGAAGAAAAAGAUGAAGAACGAAAGAAAAAGUUACUCGCUUUGAAGAAAACUACGGAAACGUUAGAAUUUGAGCUGUGUUUGAAAAGCUGCUUCGAAACCAUCGUGAGAGAGAUUAUAGAUGAAGACAGUCGGGGUAUUCAUGGUAAAAGGAAUGGAAUAGAGGAGGUCCCUAUGCGACUCUUACGGGCGUUGCACGCGUACGGUUUGGAAACUUUCGAAGCCGACUUUGUCUUGCGAAACGAGGUCGGCGUUUUAGCGUUGGGAGUUUUGUUAGUGCGCCUAGAACCGAACAGUUCAGACACGAGAUUGAUCGAAAAGAUGUUCAAGCAUAUUUUUGCGGAAAAUGUGCCUGGUUUAGCCGUAUCUACCGGGAUUGUGAUUGAUCCGCUGCAUUUUCUCUUGGUACAACUUCCGGAAAGCGCUUUGCCUGCGAGUAAGAAAAAAUGGCAAACGCACUUGGAAAAUAAAAUUUUACGGUUUAACGACAUGAACGCGCAGCUCACGAGGAUAGUUAUCGAUUUUAUAGCCGAAGUGACGAGUUGGACGAGCGAAUUCGAACGAGAUAUCUCCGAUCGUACUACAGGAGGAGUUUCUCUUGAAACGCUCACGCGAGGCGUUCGAAUAGCACGCGACGUAAAAGCCACUUUGGAACUUUUCCUUCACUUGGACAACACGUUUUCAAAAGAUGCCGCAAAACAGAACAAUAUACCACAAGACAACAAAAGACGCGCUCGAUUGCGUGCAUAUGGUCAACUCGCGGAGCUUUUAGAGACGACUCGUGCGUGUUAUGCGUCCAAACAAAAUGAACUUGCUUUGGAGAAAAAAGCAAAAUCUAGUUUGCUCGAAGAAAUUAAUUUAGAUGAUCAAAAAUCAGAUCUAUUAAGAUCUGGUGGUCAUGAAGGUAUUUUAUAUGAUGCAUUAGAUGCGUGUUUGCUUGCAGAACGAUUAUUGGCCGAUGAUUUCUUCAAUUUCCCGAAAUUAGGACUUUUAAAAUUAACAACAGAUGUUAUUAAAACUAUUAAAGUGAAAGAACGUGUUUUUUGGGGAAACAUAUCGCAGACAUUUGAAUAUUUGGAGAUUGUUGCGGAUUUAGACUGCGCAAUAAAAAUUUCCUGUGAUUCGUCUUGUUUGUUUAGCGUCGCCGAAGAAGCGUUACCGUUGGUGUUGAGUGAUAUCUAUGCUCAUUCGGAGCAAUGUUAUCGGUUACCGGCGAUUGUGAACGCAUUCGCGUCUCCGAUGAAAUAUUUGUUGGCGGAUGAAAAGAUUGCGCGAGAGUUUGGGAAGGAAGUUGUGGUGAGAAGUUUGCGCUCUGAACUGGUCGAAAAGUUGGUACGAGAAAUCGAGAGCGAUUUGCGCGAAAACGUUUCGAUGCAAUGGAAACACAAGAGUUUUUCGAGUGUUGAAGGGAAUAAAAGCGCGUAUGCACACGUGUUCCUCGGUAUACCGCCGUUGGACGCGAGCGGUGGUGGUGCUGCUCUUUUCUCCCUCAAACAGGAAGUUCAAGCUGAUUUGGCCAAGUUGCUCUAUGAAAAGGCAGCGUCGUCUCGCAGCGAAUGGAAAAUGUAUUCUGAAAUUCGAAGCAUUGCAUUGGCGAAGUACGAUUUGGACUUAUCGGAAAUCGAUGAACUUCCUCCUGCGGCGACAACUUCCGUGAAAGAUACUACCGGCGCGAACACAACUGCCAUCGACGUGUUGGACGUCGUUCGAGACAUUCGCUCGUUUUGUGUUCGAUAUAACUACAAUAUGAACGCGCAAACGUUCAUCGAAAAAUCUUCCUUCGCGAAGGAAAAGACUUUGUUGAGUACUUUAUCCAUAAAGCGCGUCUCAGAGUCCAUCCGAACGCACGGCACUGGGGUUACCCACGCGGUCAUAAACUCCGUCUAUCGGUACCUCGCCCAAAGGUUCCAAAUAUUUUCGCAGUUUCUGUACGAAGACCACGUGAAGUCUUUGCUUCAAAAAGAGAAACAAGCGCAUUCGGAGGAGAAAUUCGAAGAAUAUCCCGUCGUUCGAGGCAUUCAUUUUCUCCAUGAAAUGCGGAAACUCGGGGUUGCGGACGAUGGUCUCAGUUUCCUGGAUCAGUUUCGAGCGCUCUUGAGUGAAAUGGGAAACGCUCUCGGCUUCGUGCGCAUGAUACGGCUCGGCACGAUGCGUUAUUCCUCCAAAGCGAACGAGUUUGCCACGCGAACGAAAUUUGAGAGUGAAGAGAACAACGACGAGAAUGAACAUCCAAACUUUGAGUCUCUCGCUCGAGAAUCCACGUUUCACGACUUCACCGUGAACGCUUCCAAGCAACUUGACGCCGAAAUCGAAUCUCUGCGAAGUAACAGCACGGAGGGCACCGAUUAUUUCGAAGUUUUGACGAACAUAUUCUCGAGCGAGCUUCAAAGCGAUACGAACAAGCACCUGAACGCUUUCUUCUUGAUCGUUCCGGCGUUAUGUCUCUCCAACGUCGACGCCAUGUACGUUUCCAAGCAAAAGCUUCAGAAAGCGUCGGAAACGGUCGCGUCGCCUUCGUCCUCAAAAAUCGAAACUCAAAUGCUCCUCAAUCAAUCGUGUUUCACCGACGACGGUUUCGCGUUAGGCAUCGCGUACGUCUUAAAAGUCUUGAACCAAGACUCAAAUUUUGAUGCUUUGCACUGGUUCGAAAGUUGCGAAAGCUAUUACCGUUCCGAGAAGGUGGACACCGCGAACAAGGCGGAAGAAGAAGAAGAACGCGCUUUGCGAUUGAAAAGAAUCGAACAGUACGAGAGAGAGUUUCGCUUGUUAGAGUUCACUUUCGCGGGUUCGAGAGCGUUCUUCUCUUCAGUCGAAGAUGAAGAAGUUUAA